AUGUCUUCUAGAGCCUGUUAUGUGUGUGGUAAGUUAGGUCAUUUGGCUGACCAAUGUGAUUCUGAAAAAUUAUGUUACAACUGUAAUCAACCAGGUCAUGUUCAAGGUGAUUGCCCUUUGCCAAAGAGUGAUGAACAUAAACAAUGUUACAACUGUGGUAGUACCGGUCAUAUCAAGAGUGAAUGUACUGUUCAACGUUGUUACAACUGUAAUGAAGUUGGUCAUAUUUCCAGAGAAUGUCCUGCUCCAAAUCCACAAGGUGGUAGAAGAUCUUUUAACAACAGAUUUGGUGGUAAUUCUAACAACAGAGUCUCUUGUUACAAAUGUGGUGGUCCAAACCAUAUGGCUAAAGAUUGUUUAAAAACUGAAAACAAAUGUUAUUCCUGUGGUCAACUAGGUCACAUUUCCAAAGAAUGUCCAAGUGGUAAUGGUACUGGCAAAGUUUGUUACAACUGUAAUCAACCUGGUCACAUUUCUAGAGACUGUGCAAAUUAG